CAGAACGCCCCGGGCCCCCGAGCGGAAGCGGCUAGAGGGGCGGCUGUGGAAGGCCGGGUGGGGCAUCGCGGGCACCUACGCGGUGGGACCCGCUGUCGGAACGCUGCCCACCUCCUCGUCCCGCGCCGGGCCGCCAUGAAGGACUCGCUGGUGCUGCUGGGCCGUGUCUCGGCUCACCCGGACUCGCGGUGCUGGUUCCUGGCCUGGAACCCCGCGGGAACCUUGCUGGCCUCAUGUGGGGGCGACCGUAGAGUCCGCAUCUGGGGCAGGGAGGGUGACAGCUGGAUCUGCAAAUCUGUCCUUUCUGAAGGCCACCAGCGCACUGUGCGGAAGGUGGCCUGGUCUCCCUGCGGCAGUUACCUGGCCUCUGCCAGCUUUGAUGCUACCACUUGCAUUUGGAAGAAGAACCAGGAUGAUUUUGAGUGCGUGACCACGCUGGAGGGCCAUGAAAAUGAGGUCAAGUCAGUGGCCUGGGCCCCAUCUGGCAACCUCAUUGCCACCUGCAGCCGAGAUAAGAGUGUGUGGGUCUGGGAAGUCGAUGAAGAAGAUGAGUACGAAUGUGUUAGUGUCCUCAAUUCGCACACGCAGGAUGUCAAGCACGUGGUCUGGCACCCGAGCCAGGAGCUGUUAGCCUCUGCCAGCUAUGACGACACAGUGAAGCUCUACAGGGAAGAAGAGGAUGACUGGGUAUGUUGUGCCACCCUUGAGGGCCAUGAAUCCACUGUAUGGAGCUUGGCCUUUGACCCCAGUGGCCAGCGUCUGGCAUCUUGCAGUGAUGACCGUACCGUGCGCAUCUGGCACCAGUACCUACCAGGCAAUGAGCAAGGGGUGGCAUGCAGUGGAAAUGACCCCAGCUGGAAAUGUGUCUGCACUUUGUCGGGCUUCCACUCCAGGACCAUUUAUGAUGUUGCUUGGUGUCAGUUGACAGGGGCCCUGGCUACAGCCUGUGGGGAUGAUGCCAUCCGAGUGUUUGAGGAGGAUCCUGGCUCUGACCCUCAGCAGCCUACCUUCUCUCUGACGGCCCACCUGCCUCAGGCCCAUCCCCAGGAUGUCAACUGUGUGGCCUGGAACCCCAAAGAGCAGGGGCUUCUGGCCUCUUGCAGCGAUGAUGGGGAGGUGGCUUUCUGGAAGUAUCAGCGGCCAGAAGGCCUCUGAGCCACCUUAACUUUGGACAGAACCAUGGCUCCCCAGAAAAUGUCCUAAGAUUUUUCCUGCCCAGGGGGACCUGGAGGAGCACCCUGGCCUUCGAUGAACUUGGCUUGUCCCCCUAGCCCUGGAAGACAUGCGGGGCCACAGAGCCACUCUGUCCCUCCUGACAUGGCCCCGCUCAGAGCCAUGGAACAGCAGCACCUUGUGGUUGUGCCACAGAUUUACUUUAGGGCUCAGUGUUAAAGUUUGGGGGUAAAUACACCAUUUGUAAUCACUGUAUCUGUAUGUUGGGGGGUGUAUCUCCGACCUUCCUGAAAUUGUAAGCUUUAUAGGAAUAACCCGUCCUAGCUUAUAUCAUCAGGAUAUUCACAUUUAAAACAAUUUCAUGGUGAUUCCUUUUCAGAAUUUGGUCCUGCCUUCCCCAUUUCUGGGUAAAUCAUUGCAUUUAAGACUGUGGAAGAUUAUUUAAUGUUAGCUGGUUUGCAGUGAAGACACCUUGGCUUCCCUGCGAAGCCUUCAUAGUAUCUCCUGUGGCUGCAGGGAAUGCUGAAAAUAAACAGGGAGUAUAUGCACCCUAAAAGCGAGUUGCUAUUGCCCACAGGCUGUACAUUCCUAGUGGGGCUGAAAACUGUUUCUUGGGUAGGAGACAAAAAAAAAAUCUUAGAGACGAUCACCUGUGGCCCUCUGAGGGGUCACAGUACAUGAUACAGUCCAUCUGGUACUGAGUUUCUGUGGUGAGAGCCAGUGAGGCAAAGAUAUCUGACAGGGCUCCUUUGGGAGGUAAUGAGACAAGGCAGAGAAUCCCUGUCAGAGGCAAUCAGUUCUUCCCUCCCACUCAGGUUUUGUCAGCCACUCUAUGUGGGUUUCCACAUGAGGACUUGUCCCUAAAGCUCCAGCCUUAAUUUCUCACACCACAGAGAUCAUGACUUUAGGUUGUGGAGACAGCUGGGCAGCACCUGGGGUAAUGCGCAAAAUGUGUUCUCACAUCCCUGGGGCUCGAGCCUCUCAGGGGGCUUGAGGUCAGCUGUUGGCAACUUGGCAGGAACCAUGGCAGUGGCACCAACUAAUCUUUGUCUUCACUUCCUUGUUGUCACAGCAGAAGUGUUGGCAACUUCACUUAGGACUGUCCUUCAUAAACCAAUACAAGUAAAUUGCAUUCAAUCUUGACCCCCAGGAACACCGCCAUGUUGUGACGCAGCAUGCAGAAAGUGCCCUGACUUGCAGCUCUUGAGGAAAAGCAGUUGUACAGCUACGUCACCAGGUGCAUCAGUUGUUUUCUUGACUUAUUUUCACUUGAGAGUAGUGGCAAGUUACUGGCUACCUGGCAGAUGUUUUCUGGGAAACUAAUGAGCUUUUCAUAUCAAAAGAAACUGAUAGUGUUGCCAAUGAUAAAGCUUUCAAGCAAAAAUUAAAUUCCAGAAAACCUGUAUUGCCACCAUGAGCUUGACAUCUCCCCAAUACUUAGUCUUCUGAUGAGGUGAGUGGUGACAUUAACAAAUGUGACUUGUGUCAUGAAAUGGAUCAGCAUCUGGAAGACCUACACGAGUCAGUGAACCCAUAUUUUCCAAAUGAUUAAUGCAUGACAUUAGGGACUCAUUCAUGGGUAAGAGGCCCAUUCGGGAUAUAAAACAGACCCACGGGUCUUAACAGCACACUGGUAAAGGCAACGUGCCACCUGAAACUUUAAGAAAUGACCACUCACAGAGUCACUGUAGUAUCAAAAAGCCUUUUUCUGAAAAGGAUAUUUAAAAUGUCCUCUCUUUUACAACUGCAUAUACAUGUAAAGCCAGUUUUACUUCCAUUUUACUUCAUUUAAACAUGAGGUUUAGAAGCAGACACGAGAGUCCCAGUCUUCAUUAAACCAGACAGAACCAAGGUCUGUAAAAACAUCAAAGGCCACUCUUCUCCUUGGAUGUUUUACAAGUAAUUUUUCAAAAAAAAAACUAACAAUUUAUUGUUACUUUUUAAAUGCACUGUUCUUAUUUUUCAUAUUGUUGACAUCAAUGGAUGUAAUCUAGGUAAUAAAAGCUCUUUGGGGUUCCUCA